AUGCAAGCAACAUCGAAUAAUCAUUAUCAAUCAACUUUACCGUUUACUCCUAUUCAAAGUCAUUCGAAUAAAUCCGCUGAAGAUGAUACAGGCUAUGAUAGCUUUACAAAUCAAGCUGAAAAACAAGAACGAAUCAGAAGUAUUGCCGGCCUUUCAUCGUCGUCGUCAAACAAUCAAGUCCAACGUAUAGUAAAUAUAGUGGCAAAUAUACCUUCAUCUCCUAAUAUAUCAACUGCCAACGAAACAAGCGACAUAGCUAUAAGUGUAACUGAAUGUAUUGCAAAAUUUUCUAAAAAUACUGAAUCAAUAAGGACAAAAACAGUAUCACCCAUACGUAAAAUAAAUCGUACACGAAUUCAACCAUUAUUAGAUGUUACGAGUGAUAGUGCCGAUUCAUUUGUUCAAUCAUAUGAAAAACAAAUAUCACAAGACCCAACGAUAUCAUCGAUUGAUAUUCUACAAUUUAGUGGCGCGUUAGAACAUAUAUGUGAUACUCGUUUUGAUUCGAUAACAACAGUUGAUCAUGUUAAAAAUGAUGUUAUUGCGAUUGAAUUGAUGGAACAACAGCAACAACAAAAAACCAGUCAAAUCUUAGAUACUCAUCUUCAUCAUAACAGACAACAUCUAGCAUGGAUCAAUCGCUUAGGCGAAUCGAUACGUUUAUUACCAGCAAAUGUUCUAGCCGUUGUUUUCAUUGGAUUGAUUGGUGGACUUUUUGUUUCAGCUUUAUUCGUGAUUAUUAUAGCGUAA